AUGAAGGUUUCGUCCGCUGUCCUUUUGGCUCUCAUCGCCGGCGAGGGCUCCGGCCAGGGUGUCACCACUCGGAUCCUCCCUGUCGGUGGCGUCGCCGAUGGUUGUGAUGCCUCGUCUGAUGGCACUUUUCAGUUUGCUGUCAUCGAUCUCGACGGUCACGCCCAGGAGGGCACUCUUGCUCUCAAGAAACGCGAUGACUGCAAGACGAACGGUCAGCUCAUUGUAAAGCUCAAGGAUGGAGUCCUCAAGGACUUGCUUGGCCGCACCGGCUACAUCUCUUCUAGCUUCCAGCUCCAGUUUGACGAUCCUCCCCAGUCUGGCUCGUUAAUCACGGCUGGUUUCUCCAUUUGCAACAACGGUUCGCUGGCCCUCGGCCCGUCGACUGUUUUCUACCAGUGCCCAUCUGGUACUUUCAACAACAUCUAUGAUCGCAAGGCUGCUCCUCAGUGUGGUCCUAUCCACAUCCAGGCCGUCGCCUGUGACGACUCGGAGGGUGACAAGGCCCAGGACGAUGCCGUCAGCACUGUUGGCGUUGACAACGUCCCUACUACCCUUGUGACCGUCCAGAAGGGGGCCUCUGACGUCAAGACGCAGACGCCAAUCGCCAUCUGCCAGAUCGGUGAUGGCCAGGUUCAAGCUCACACAACCCCUUGUACCGCUCUCACCCCCGUAGCCACGUCCGAGUCUGCCGCUGUUCAGACCGUUACGGAAACCGUUACCGAGGUCAUCAACGUCUGCGGAACUCAGGAACCUACCCAGAAGCCUACCCCAAUGGCACCCUUCGUCACGUCCGGUGCGCACAGGAGGGCGGCGGCCCUAAUCGCCCCUCCUUUUCUCGCUGCUGCCGCCGGCACCGGAGUGGCUUACGGAAUCUGUGUGAUUCUCUAA